AGGGUUUUGGUCGGGGGCAGGGAAACUCUAAACAAAUUUGCAGAAGCCUGUGAGAAAGGCAGCGAGUGUUAAACUGCAUUAGGGGAUAUCGGGUAGCAUUGAUUGUUGAGUGAAAUAUAAGACUAGAAAGAAGUUACAGAAAUAAGAGAAAGGAAGUAUAGUGCACUUUAGAAAGGGAGGGGUGCAGUGUCUUUUUGCUUGUUUAGAAGUCACAUCUGGGUCUUUCACUGGUCAGACUGCUUUGGUCUCUACGGCCAGCAGAUUGCAAGAAGACAUUAAUAGCACGGACAAAACCAUGAGGACUAAAACUCAGGUUCCUGAGGAAAACACGACACCCUUAAACCCACCAAAGCCAGAGCCUGCAAAACGCACAAAACUCAUGACUGCCCCAAAGACUCAGAAGCCGAAAGGGCCAAACAAGAAGAAGAUCAUCAUUACAGUCCUGAUGGUGGUGGUCGUUCUGGCAAUUUUGGGUGUGGCUGCUUUCCUCAUCAAGCAGUUGAUCGACAGCAAGUAUUUCUUCUGCACAAAAUCAUGGAAGUUCAUCCCGCUGGAGAAGAUGUGCGAUGGGAAAAAGGACUGCAGUGAAGCCGAAGAUGAGUCUGCCUGCGUCACCAUGUUUAAACCCAACACCACCUUUCCUUUACGACUGUACUCUGCCAGUAAUGUGCUUCAGGUAUUGAGUCCUAGUGAUAACACAUGGAAAAGUGUGUGUUCAGAGAGUUUCACGCAGCAACAUGCUGAGACUGCCUGUCAGCUGCUGGGAUAUUCAGUUUCUCCGGUUUUCAGCAGCAUCCCAGUGGGUCCUCUGCCGUCUGAUCUGAAGAUGUCUUUCUGCAUGGUGGGCACAACCAAACCACAGACUUUCCAAUCCACUGCAUCAGAUCGUAAGGUAUGCAGUACGGGAACUGUCAUCACAUUAUCAUGCUCCGCAGACUGUGGUUUGUCCAGAAACCAGGACCGGAUUGUAGGCGGAAAGGAUGCUGACAUUGCGAACUGGCCCUGGCAGGUCAGCUUGCAGUAUAGUGGCCAGCACACAUGCGGAGGAUCACUGGUGACUCCAAACUGGGUUGUCACUGCAGCCCACUGCUUCAAUGGGGAUGGCAGAAAGGCUCUGAGCCGCUGGAGUGUCGUCUCAGGAAUCACGUAUCUGAGUUCUUCUCCAUCUUCGUAUGUGAAAGAAAUCAUCGUCAACAGCAAUUACAACCCAACAGAAAGUGACUUUGACAUUACAAUGAUCAAACUCCAGUCUCCCAUCACUGUGUCAGAAUCUCGUAGACCAGUGUGUUUACCUCCUCAAAACCUCGGUCUAAAGGGAGGAGACGGCUUAGUUGUGACCGGCUGGGGUCAUAUGGCAGAAAAAGGAGGUAGUUUGUCUUCAAUGCUGCAGAAGGCUCAGAUCCAGGUCAUAGACAGCGCUCAGUGCUCCAGUCCAGCAGUGUACGGCUCUUCCAUCACUCCCAGGAUGAUCUGUGCUGGUGUUAUGGCUGGAGGAGUGGAUGCUUGCCAGGGUGAUAGCGGUGGUCCACUGGUGUACUUGGCUGACCGCUGGGUGCUAGUGGGAGUAGUCAGCUGGGGUGUAGGUUGUGCCAGACCAGGUUUUCCCGGUGUUUACACUAAUGUGGACCAGAUGCUUGACUGGGCCCAUUCAGUAAUGCAGACAUACAAGUGAGUUUGUGAUGGAAAAAAUAAAGAGAAAGACUAUUUAAGAUGUACUUCAGGAAUUUUGGUGAGGAGUCGCUGGAAGAGUUUUUGGUCCUCAUGCUCAGGGUCUUCAAGGUGCCAUGAGAAAGAUUUUGCACAUAUAUGUACAUAAUAAAAACAUGUGAACUACCACUUUAUUUGGGAACACAGCAAUGCAAUCUUAAAGUAACAGUACUCACUGUCUUGUCUUACUUUAAACACACUCAUUGUUCUGAACGAGUUUUUGUCUUCUGUAAAACCUAAAAGGGGAUGUUUUGAAGAAUGUUUGCUCUGCUCUUCUGCAUACAAUGAAAGCUGAUGGAAACCACACUCUUAACCCACUAAAUAGUUCUCUUAUGAAGAACUUUAUUUAUUUUCACCGAAAAGAGCCUUUUGUUGAAUGGAGGGAUUACAUGAAAGUUUUAAGACGUUUCAUGGAACCACAGACAAUAAAGAAGCUUUAUUUUUGUAGUUAUAUUUAAAUUUUCUUUCAUUGUAUAGCAAAGAGCAGCUUGGACAUUCCUGUAUUUUCAGCAGGAGGGUAAAAAUAGCGUUGUGUUGUGCACGUCAAGACUACAGCCACAAGAGGGUGCUGUUACUUGCUUUUUAGUUGUUUAUUUUCUUAUAUUGUUUGAAAUUUUACUGUCCUAACGACUUUUAUAUCGGGUCCAUGUUGCUAAAUCUUGAAUCAAAACCUGUGCUCAUUUACUCAUAUUGUGUAAUAUUAUAAAGGUAAUGACAAGUUAUGGACUUAUUACAGAAGCCAACUCUUGUGUGCACAGGUCAGCAUUACAUGAUGAAUGCGACAUGGAUGUCAUGUUUUUCCAUUUCCACGUUGGUAUUCAGAGUUAAGACAUUUGGCUUUUGAUGUUUAAACUGUAGGCUACACAAAUGCGGAAUUUAACUUGUUAACUUAUGGCUGUUGGUUUUGGAUUUUGGAUAUGAAUGGGGCUCUGUUGACAUUCGUUCAGUGUCACAUCACCAGUUUUAACUGAAUUGACACAUUGUUAAAUAUGUUGCUUUGCAAAUACUGUACAUACUUGUGUAUGCCAUCUUCGUUUUAAUAAAGUAAAAUGUUGUAAA